AUGGGAUAUAUGUACAUUUCCGUGUCUGUCAACCCGACUGGAUCGCGGAGUUGAGUGGGUGGAAGCAAUUUCAACAUAAUUUUGCCGGGGCGUUUUAUCGUUCAUUUUGGUUACUCAUGGUCUAAGACGUUGCUUUGCAUCAACAACACACAGCCAUGCCUCUGAAAAAUCCUAUGAAUUUGACCAUAUCGGUCGCCGAACCCAAUCAAGAAUCGGGCGAUCGACAAAACAAUGGUGCCGCCAACUUAGAGGCUCUUCAACAGAAAUUAAAGGAACUGGACAUAGAUGACCAACAGAGAGAAAGAUUAGAGCAGUUCCUCACCCAGAAGCAGAGGGUUGGAGAGCUUGUUGAGGAGGAUUUCGAGAAGCUGGGUGAACUCGGUGCCGGGAAUGGAGGAGUAGUCACCAAAGUCCGUCACAAGCCCUCAGGACUUAUCAUGGCUCGAAAAUUGAUUCAUCUGGAGAUCAAGCCGGCUGUCAGGAACCAGAUAUUCCGGGAGUUGAAAGUCCUUCAUGAAUGUAACUCCCCAUAUAGUGGUUUCUACGGUGCAUUCUACAGUGAUGGGGAAAUCAGCAUUUGUAUGGAAUAUAUGGAUGGAGGUUCACUAGAUCUGAUACUGAAGAGAGCUGGAAGAAUACCAGAACCAAUACUUGGUGUCAUCAACGUUGCAGUUUUAAAAGGUUUAAGUUAUUUGCGGGAAAGGCACCAGAUUAUUCACAGAGAUGUGAAACCCUCCAAUAUCCUGGUCAAUUCAAGAGGAGAGAUAAAGAUCUGUGAUUUUGGAGUCAGUGGUCAGUUGAUAGAUUCCAUGGCCAACUCCUUUGUAGGAACACGGUCCUAUAUGGCGCCGGAGCGUCUCCAGGGCACACAUUACUCUGUACAGUCAGACAUCUGGAGCCUGGGGUUGUCCCUGGUGGAGAUGGCUAUAGGCAGGUACCCAAUCCCACCUCCUGACCCCAAGGAUCUCAACAGUGUGUUCGGGGAGAACGUCAUGGUGGAGCACAUGGAGGCCGCCAAGUCAGGGAAGCCUUUGAGAGGCAGCCGAAAUAGCUAUGUAUGCCCGCCGGGCGCUGACGCUCCCCGACCCAUGGCCAUAUUUGAGCUUUUAGAUUACAUUGUGAAUGAGGCACCACCGUCGCUGCCUAAAGGAAAGUUCUCAGAACAGUUUGAUGACUUUGUAGAAAGAUGUCUGAAGAAGUGCCCCUCUGACAGAGCCGACCUGCAAUCUCUUAUGAAUCACAGCUUUGUAAAGAAAUGCGAGAGCAGUGAGGAGGUCAAUAUCGGCCAGUGGGUGUGCAAGGUGAUGAGCAUCAAGGAGGCCAGCUGAGGACAGAAUGACGUCCGUGACAAGUGUGAGCGUGUAGAGUGUAUGUGUGACUGAGCAUGAAUGGGUGUCCAAAGACUGACUGCCAGAUAACAACUCCAAGCAUCAAAAAGGAAGAAAAAUGGCCACUUUUGAUUCACAAACAGAUCUUACCUUUAAUCCUCUGUUUGGAGAUUCUAGGUAGUUCUUCUAUGUACACAUUUAUAGCACAAUUUAUUUUAAUAUUUUAGUGCUUAAAUUCCAGUGCUAUAAAUUUUAAUGUGAUAGAUUCUAGUAGAAAUAACAUCCCAAUUUGUAUCUGUGUGGCAACAGGAUGUUUGUCCACACAAAUAAGCUAAAAAAACAUUGUUGGAAAAGUGCUUCUAUUUGUGUGUGGAGUUUGGAGCUAACAUCACACUGAAAUGAAAAUAUGCUUCUUACGAAUAAAUGGUUAUGAGUAUGCUGUGCUCAAAGUAUGUAUGUAAUCAUUUUUGAUGAUCUUGUAGGUUUAUAUAGUGAAGUUGGCAUUGCACCACAUGUUUCUUCUUGAAUAAAAGUCAUCAUUACAGAUAUAAGCAGCCUUAGAAAUCCGUUCUUUUGAAAACAAGUCCAGUGGACUAAUGUUUGCCUGUUAGCAAAUUUUUUUACAAUUUCUUCCUUUUGGUUUGGUCAGAUCCAAUUGAAAAAUUGAGAACUGGUUCAGAAUUAUUGGUCUUAAAUGCUGCUAGUCAGCAAGGAUUCCAUCAGUGGAUUUUAUCGUCCUUUGCACAAUGUCGUCUUUUGAAUCAAGUUGGCAUGAGUAACUGGCAUGAAUUUCUAAGGCUGCAUCUCAUAUUGUUUCUUGAAUAAAAGUCCACAUCUUUUUGUUAGACUGGAGGUAAGAACAUGUUCUAGGUUCGCCUUGAUAUGAGUAAAUCUGUAGGGAACAGUGAGACAGCAGUGGUCAGUGCCAGGCUAUUGGACAAGGGCAUAGGAAGUAGGGCAUCCUCCAUAGACACUGGGCUGUAUGACCUGUUGCUGUAGACCUACAAGUCUGUAGUCGGACCUUAUUUCACUCCAUCGUGUGUCUGUGUCAGUGUGUUACGUCAGAUUCCACAGGUGUUGUUUGACUAUGAUGUCUGUCUCCCAUCGGAUGUGUUUUAUCAGAUUCCACAGAUCUUUCUUUAGAGAUAUGCUUGACUACAUGGUGUGUCUCACAAUUGAUAGGUUACUCUACAAGUCAGUAUGCUUGUCUACAUAGUGUGUCUCCCGAUUGCUAGGUUAAUCUGAAGGUUAUUAUGUUGGGUAAUGCUUGACUACAUUCUGUGUCUCUUGUCAGACAUUUAUGGUGCUAUUGUGAAACUGAAUCCCAAUUGAGACACGACGGUCAUUUACAUAACCAGAGGCUGCAGAAACAUCACUGUUCUCUCUGAUUCUAAUUUAAAAUUUUCCCAUUGGGAUUGUAUGAAUAGAAGAACAUUAGAUCGUGAGGAGGCGUUGCCUAGACUCCUCAAUUUCUUCUGAUAACCAAAAUUGUAGAUAUCAUUUACCAUAUUUGCAAAACAUUUUUGAAUUUUGUUCUUUACAAAAUUCAGAAGUACUUAUUUACCCACCCAUGGUCGAAGGUGCCAGGAAUGGCAUGUAAGGAUUUUAUCCUGGAUAUAAUCCUUGGUUUGUCAGUGCUUGUAGACAUAAACAGUUAGGGAAGGAAGUACAGACUACACCAUAGAACUAAGACAGUGUUUAAAGCAGGAAGAAACACAACUAUCUGACUCUGCAUUUAAGUGGCGGUCUGUUCAAAGAUACAUGCUUGACCUAUACAUCUGUAAGAAAGUACCAAUUGACCCACAUCUAUGUGGGACAUUAUUUCCUAUAACAAUAUUGUAUGUCUUAGAUAUGUACCAAUAUUUACCAUUAUGAAUAAUAUCCCAAUCCAACAGCAUUUAGUUUUGUACUCAUCAUUAACAUGACAUUGUGACCUUCCAGAGUAUGUAGUACGACAAUCAUAGGUGGCAUGGCAUUAGCUGGAAGCUACAAAGUAAUUGUCAGUUCCCCAAUGAAAUAGCACUUUAAUUUAACAUAUAAUUUCUAAAAAUUACAGUUUUCUUUUUACUGAAAUUUCAGUAUGCGGUUUUCAAGGUUUUGAAUGCCAGAAUCUUUGCAAAACAUAUCUACAUGGUGUAGUUUUGUAGUGUGGUGAUUGUAAAAUGAAUGUUGUUUUGUAAUGGAGGCUAGUGGCUGUCCAGAGGAAUGUUGCAAGGAUAUUGUCAGUGCCAGCACUAAGAUCAUUCAUUGUAAAUGUCCAUUGUCUAUUAUCAUUCUCUAUUCAAACUACAGAAUCUGAUUUACCCAUUCAGAUAUGGAGAUGACAAAAUGUGUACGAAGUUUGUGUGACUGCUUCUGUUCUUUGAAUGAUGUAGCAGUUGAGGAAUUUAUGCACUGUGUUAUUGCAAGUGGCUCAUGUGUAUUGUGUAUGUUUUGUUAGUGUGUCCUGUAGUUGAAGAAACCAGAAUUCCAGCUUGUUCUCAUCUACUAUUAGUAGUGUAGACCUGCAUACCAUAUGUGAUACCAUGUGGUGGUCAAAAGGCCAUGUGGAGAACAUGCAUGCCAGGCUGUUGAUUUCCUCAUCUUGUUGACCUGCAUUCCAUACUAUUGUGGCCACAAAGGUCUUGUACAAGACCUGUAUAUCAUUCUAUUGAUUGCCAAGCAGGUAUUCAGGACGACCUGCAUACCAUACUAUUGAUUGCCAAGCAGGUAUUCAGGACGACCUGCAUACCAUAUUAUUGAUUGCUAAGCGGGUAUUUGGGACGACCUGCAUUCCAUACUAUUGAUGGCCUCAAAGGUCUUGUACAAGACCUGUAUAUCAUUCUAUUGAUUGUCAAGCAGGUAUUCAGGACGACCUGCAUACCAUACUAUUGAUUGCCUCAAAGGUCUUGUGGAAGACCUCCAUACCAUACUAUUGAUUGCCAUGGCGGCAUUGUGGUUGACUUGCAUGCUGUGCUCUUGAUGGCCACUUGGUAAUGGGGUGGACCUGCAAGUUGUCUUAUUGGUGGCCACAGGUCAUGUGGUAGACCUGUGUAUCAUACUACGGAAUUAUGGCAGCCCUGCAUCCCAUAGAACUGAAGGCCACAUGGGUAGGCUGCAUAUGAUGCUACUGACUCCAGCUCAGGUCAAAUUGUGGCUAUGCGUUCUUGUCAGGAAUGUAAUAACGUUACAAAUCGUCAGUCACAUCCAUGGCCAUCCUGAACAGGACACAUACUGGAGUUGUCAACAUAGCCAUGUAAUGAGACAAAGUUAACUGCAGCACCCACAACAGUGUCCAUGCCCUUCCACAGGCCUCUCCACAAAUGGUUUGUUGUUUAAAGCUGCACUCAGCUAUAUGGGGUCUCCACAAAUGGUAUAGCAUCCAAACCUAUUAGGCCCCAACCUCUCCCACCCACCCAGGACAAACCAACAGGUGAGGAGCGCUGCCUAGGGGACAAACUAACAGUACACAUGUACAUAAGCAUUGCCUACCAGAUGUUUACUACAUUGCUAGUGAUGUUAUUUAUUCUAGUAAUUUGAAAAUGAUUAUAUACCAUUUACAUAUUUGUAAGUUGUUUCCUUGGAGAAAAGUCCUUCUAUUUUUCUGAACUUUGAGAUAUUUGAUUAUUAAAUGUUGUAUGUAUAUUUCCAUUUAAGCUGGUGUAAUGCCCCGUGACCUGUGUGUCUAUGAGCAAGGCAGAUGGUUGAUAUUAUAGCAUAGUCUGCCUUUUAAAUGCAUUUAAUAAAGAUCUAUAUGGAUAUUUCAA